AUGCAGAUUUCAAACUUCUUGUUCCUGGCCGUCUUCGGUCUUGCGACUACCGUCGUGGCCCAGCAGGGAACGUGCACGGCAAAGGGCGAGUGCCAGGCUGGCAACGUCAAGCUCUUCUGCACCUCGGGCAGCUGUGCUAAGAAGGAGGGGCAGACGUGUGAGAGGAGCGGCAAUUCAGCGAACUGCCCGAAGUGA